AUGACGACCGAAGUCAUUGCCGGCGCGUUUAUCGAAGGAUGGGUAGCACAGUAUGGUGUUCCUCAUAUUAUCACGACUGAUUUAGGACGUCAGUUUGAAUCAACGAUCUUCCGAGAGUUGUCCAGACUAUUGGGUAUCAAGCAUAUUCACACCACAGCAUAUCACCCCCAAGCGAAUGGGAUGGUUGAACGUAUGCAUAGGACGUUGAAGGCUGCUUUGCGAUGCCAUAAUUCUAAUGACUGGACGCGCACACUCCCAUUGAUUCUGCUCGGGUUACGGACUUCCCCAAAGGAAGAUCUAGGCGUCAGUUCCGCUGAAAUGUUGUACGGAAACCCGUUACGUGUUCCAGGACAGCUGUUGUCACAGAAAUGCCAAAAGCCAGGUGAAACCGAUUUCGUUUCAUCACUUCGUAAUGCAUUGGCUCAACUGAAGACAAUCAACGGCAGCAGACACGGGCAUCACCCAGUCUAUGUUCCGAAUGACCUCCUAACCAGCAAGUUUGUGUUCGUGCGUGUCGAUCGGGUGAGAGCUCCAUUGGAACAGCCGUAUGAAGGUCCGUUUCAAGUUCUUCAACGAGAUGAAAAAUAUUUCGUAAUUAACAGAAGAGGGAGCAGGUGCACCGUCUCGUUAGACAGAUUAAAACCAGCUUAUUUGACUAACGAUGAACUUACCGGCAAGCAGUUUUCGCCACUUCCUUUAGUCAAUCAUGAGCGGAAACAAGCAUCCGAGAAGAAGGUUCUUAAACCGUCGGCCGUUUCUUCAAAGGUUUCGCGUUCUGGCCGAACAGUGCAUUUCCCAGCGAAGUUGUGUGACUACCGCGAGUAA